GUUCAGCGCCGGGGCUGAUGGGAGAUCUGAGGACCUGUUAGAAACCACGUGUCCUGGUCUGAUCUCUCAGCUCGUCCUUGUUUGUCCUCAGCAGCGUCAGAGCGUCACUUCUCCUCAGGUUCUCCAGAGGAAACGCCGCGGCACAAAAUGCUUCUCCUCCCAGCUGCUGCCCUGUGCUGUCUGUGUUCAGCUCUGGUUACCAUGGCAGCAGAGCUGAUUCAGGAGGAUUUAACACUGACCAGGAGAGUCGGAGAACAAGUCUCCUUCAGCUGUGGACGAACUGACAGCUGUGAUGAUGACUAUGUAUACUGGUACCAGAAGAAUGACACAGAAACAUUCAGAGUGAUUCUUGAUAUACACAGGACUACUGGUGAAAUAGAUAAAGGAUACAACCAUACUCAGGUAGAUGAUUUCUCAGCUGUGAAGAAACAGAACAGCUAUGAGUUACAGAUCCAGAGAGUUGAACUCUCUCAUUCAGCCACCUACUACUGCUCCUGUUUGAAAGUCGUCCCCCACAGAUGGUACUUCAUCUUUGGCUCUGGGACUAAACUGUUUGUAACAGAUGAGCCCGUGGUGAAGCCCGUUGUGAGCGUGUACCCGGCAGCAUCCAGAGCCCAGCUGGAGGGGAAGAGCUCCCUGCUGUGUGUGGCCUCAGACAUGUUUCCUCCUCUGGUCCAGAUCUCCUGGAGAAGACCAAAGGGGGACGGUCAGCUGGAGGUGCUGCCCCCUGCUGAGGGAGAGCAGCUGGAGCUCAGAGAGUCGGGACGCAGCGUCUCCAUCCUGAUUGUCCCUCAGAGAGAGAACAGGACUGAUAGAUACCUCUGCUCUGUGCAGCACGAGGGGGGCAGAGUGGACGCCAGAACUGAACAAGAAGUUCCAGCUGCUGCAGCCUCCUGUCCUCCAGAGAGAGAAGCGCCUGACCUGACAGCUCUGCAGCAGACCCAGAUGUCCUUUCAGGCUCAGUGCAGGGUGAAGCUGCUCUCUCUGCUGUACUCCCUGCUGAUCCUGAAGAGUCUGGUGUUCUGCUGUGGACUCUCUCUGCUGAGGAUCCCCACCAACAAGCCCCCGUCCAUCAGCUGCACAUGUGCUGACCGACUGUCUCCUGCUGGCCUGUUCUCUCCAUCAGAUCUCAGCAGCUCACCUCUGGAAAGCUUCUCUCAGCAGGUCCAAAUGUAGAUUCCAACAUGUGGAGGGUGGUUGGAGAAUGGAUGGAUCUGUGCAGCGUCAGAUAAAUCCCCCUGGAGGUCUAAACAGAAACAGACUUGUAUUCUGAUCCUGAUUCUGUUGUCUAAAGUUCAUUUGAAUAGAUUCUGUUUACACUCAGUAAAGAGUGAUUUGUACAAACGUUUCCAAUGAUCCUCUUUCUGCUAGAUUAGACCUCAUUUAUUCAAUGUUUCACACAUAUGCAGAGUGUCGCAGCUUCUUACAUUUUUUACAGUGUAACUUUCUCAAUAAAGUCAAACAUCCUCAGA